AUGCCUGAUCCCUUCAAGAACUCCAGUAAGUCUGAAGCUGCUCACACCUCUGGUCGUGACCCAACUGAAGAGGAGAUCAACAAGGAUGUACAAGGAAUUGUUGAGAAUACCAAUGUUACUAAGGAUGUCAAUGACAUCGAAGAUAAUGAGCAUCCUGAGGCCAAUAUUGAAACUGGUAUUAAUGUGGUAGACUUAGAUGAAUAUUCUGACAACGAAUUACUUACCUCCUUGAAUCCAAGUGUAGCCAACAGGCUAAUGACAAGAAGAAAAGGCAAAGAUGUUUCCCAAAGAUCUUCUAAAAGGAGCACACAAGUGAAAAGUCCUGCCAAAGAUGCUGCCAGGAAGAAGAGUACUUCUGCUAGUCCUAUCAAGAGCAAAGUUGUAACUAAGAGUACAGGGGUUGGUCCAUUAAAAUCUUGGAGCAAGGUUAUUCCAAAGAAAAGAAAGGAGCGGGAAAUUGUUAAACCUGAGUCUGAUGUUGAAGUGAAUGUUCCUGACAUCCCAUCAAGGAAGAAGCCUACAACCAGCAAGCUUGCUGCAAGUAUACCUGAAGUUCCUAUUGAUAAUGUGUCAUUCCACUAUGCCUCUAGCACCAGUAGGUGGAAAUAUGUACUCCAAAAGAGAUUAGCUGUUGAAAGGGAAUUAGCUUCAAAUGCUCUUGAGAACAAGGAGAUCUUAGAUCUAAUUCAAGAAGCUGGUCUAUUGAAGACUAUUUGCAAUCUUCCCAAGUGUUAUGAGAAGCUGGUCAAAGAGUUUGUGGUGAACUUAUCUGAAGACUGUGGAAACAACAGGAGUGUGGACUUCAGAAAGAUGUUUGUGAGAGGUAAGUGUGUACCAUUCUCUCCGUCUGUGAAUAAUAAAUUCUUGGAAAGAAUAGAUGAAGCUCAAACUGAGCUUGAAGUAACAGACAACAAAUUUUGUCAAGUGAUCACAGCCAAGCAGGUAAACAACUGGCCCCUAAAAGAGAAGCUAACUGCAAGUAAGUUGAGCAUCAAGUAUGCAAUGCUUCACAAGAUAGGAGCAGCUAAUUGGGUAUCAACGAAUCACAAGUCCACUAUUUCAACUGUGCUUGGCAGAUUUCUGUAUGUUGUAGGAACAAAGGCAAAGUUUGAUUAUGGAACGUAUAUUUUUGACCAAACCAUGAAGCAUGCUGGAAGCUUCAGUAUUAAGGGUCCAAUUGCUUUUCCAUCCCUCCUGUGUGACGUUGUCAUGACAUCGGCUGAAACUUCCAAAUCUGGAGCAUCAGUCAGCAAAGUAGAAAUCAUAACGAUGUUAAAAGAGACUUGCAAAGAGCUGGAAUCUAGAAAAACAUCUCUUGAAAAGAUGAUAAGUACUCUGGAAAUGGAUGAGAAUGAGGAAUUUGCAGAUACUAAAGAGAUGGGAGAUAAAGAUGAACAAGAGAAGGAAGGAGAAUCAGAAAAAGAAUUGGAAGAAGAAAGUGCCAGUCCGGCUGAUGGAUCUGAGAAAGAAAGUUCUGCAGACACAUCAAGUGAGUCUCAAUCUGGGCAGUAA